UAUAAAUAUAGUACUACUUUCAUAUUUUUGGAGGAAAGGGUUCAUCUUCCUUACCCUAGAGCCGCCCUGCAUUUUCUCUAGCGCUACUGAAGAAAAAUCUCUGCUAACAAUUACAACAAAGUUCCAUUAUUUUUGCAAUGACUUUGCUGGAACUUAUCACUAAACCUUCGACUGAAAAUUCUCCGACAACUUCCGAUGUAGGAAAUUACUCUAUUGUCCUCAACUCCGAAGCACUUCUUCAUCAACUCAAACUGGAAAAGGACCAAAACGACGACGUUUCGUUACUCCAGCGCGGAACUGGAUGGAAACUAUUAUCAACUGACGUUGAAGUAAUCGAAUUAGGUCAAAAUUUCAUCAAAAAUUUGAAGAAGAAAAUGAAGAACCCGAACACUUUCAAUAAAGAUGAGUUCUUCGAGCUGUUUGGUUCUUAUUUGAAUGAAAUUUGGGAGAAAUUGUGGGGUGCAGUUCUUGGUGAUGGUUUGGAUGAGGGUAAUAUCGUAAAAAUGAUCGAAAAGUUGGGGAAUUAUAUGGGUAGAGAUGUUAAGGGUUUGGUUAUGGAGGCUUGUGUUGUUUUGGAGACAUGGGAGGUAUUAGGGAGUUUGAUUGUUAAUGGUCUCGUUGAACAUUCGGGUUUAUCGAGUUUGAUAAAUAAUUUAAUUGAGAAAAAGCAAUCUUGGUUGGUUGUUUUGUGUGUAAAACAUGUUAUAGAUAUUCAAACUUAUGAUAUGAUGUGUGUGUUGAAGUAUUUUCUUUCGAUUCCGAGGGAUGAGGAUGAUGGUAGUUUGGUUAAUGUGAGGAAGGAAUGGGAGAGUCAAGCAAUGUCUGCUAUUGAGAAGGCGAUGGAUUUGAGCCUAGGUCCGAUUAGGAUGGAGAUAGCUAGGGAUGCUUCGUUGUUGCUUAUGUUAGCUCAUGAUGGUUUUUCGGUUUAUGAAAUGUGUUUGCAUUAUUUGCUUGCGUCUAGGAAUGUUGAUGAGGUGAUUUUGGGUGCUUGUAUUAGUAAAUUAAGUGGUUCGGAGAUAAUGAUUUUGAUUCGGUAUUUGAAGAAGUGGUUGAAUAAAUAUGAGAGGUUUCCUCAAGUGUGUCCCUGUCCAAAGGCACCAUUUGAAUUGGGGUUGAAGGCUUGUGAAUGGGUUCCUUCACUCGAAGAUGUAGUCAAGUGUCUUGGUUUGGUUGUUGAUGAGCAUUUCUUGUCGUUGGUUUUACAUCAAGAGUUUCAUGAGGAAUUGAAAUCUUUAAAUGAAGUUGUGAAUUCCUUAACUGGUGAAGCAAAAGUAUGUGGCAUCUUGUCAAAUUUGACUGAGACAUUGAAAAGCAGACACAGAGGAUAGUUGGGCACGCAGCACGAGGUUGGUAUCUCCUGGUUUUCAGUUUAUGCAGUUGGAGAGUGACAAUAUCAAUGGCGUCACAUUGUACUGGACUAAUGGGUGAAUGAGAACUAUGGUAUUGAUUGCAUUUGAAAGAGUGUACUGAUUUAGAGCUUUUCAUUCUCUUGGCUUUACAACACGAGGCACAGAGAAAGAAUGCAGAUGAGGGGUAUACGUUAAGAAUGUUUUUGCAGGUCUAGCAAGUCCAUGUUUUUUUGUACUAAGCUAGUUAAGCCUCUGGCGAGUGUAUCACUCUAUUUAUUAGAUUAUGACUCUCUGGAUAUUCUUGAUUACAUUAGAAACAAUUUUGAAAAAACUAAAUUUUGAGAUGCAUGUCUCGCAGUUGACAAUACUAGUGACAAAUUGUAAUCUAGUUUUUGGAAAACAUUUUUGUAGCUUUUUAA